AUCUCUUAUAUUCUAAAUCCCGUUAAUAAGAUUUAUUUGCCGACUUGUCCGUCUCAUUGGCGUUAAUGAAACAAGGCAGAAUAUAUACGAGCAGUUGGCUCAUCUUUGUGGAACUGUAAGGGAACAUGUGACGUCAUAUUCGUGAUCCUUAUGCUAUAUAUCACGGUCUCAGUAUUACGGUCGCAGCCACUCAUUUGUACCUUAGACGAUUAUGAUGCGGACGUUGUAUGUUUCGUAUUUGGAUGGAUGUAAGCAUGCGUGUAAUCUACACGAGCGCGCAAUGUACAACCGGAUCCGUAGUGUUGGGUAGAGGCGUGGGUGUCGCGACAAUGCGGCGCAUGCGCGCGGCUGCCACGGCCGGGAGCCUCGCGAAAUCGCUCAGUGGCGCGGCGGGAUGGCCGGUCGAUUCCAGGGCGCGCGCAAAUACACCUCUGGAAACCGAAUGAACCGUAAAUUCCACAUGAAAACGACAUAAAAGUGAAAAUUGUAAAUGUGAUUAUCGUCGUAACGUUUCAGUGCUGUAAAUUUAGUGAAUUCUCGAACAGUCGAAGAAGGUUUGAUGAAAGAGCACUUUAAAUUUUUACUCGAUAUUUAUGAUAGGAGCAUGGGACAUUAUCUGAACACCUGUCGUGUGAUAACAAAGCAGUUUUACAGAAUUGGGUUUUAGUCAACCAUUGUGUACGGAUUAAAUAACAAUUAAUAUAGUUCUGUCAAGUGUUGUUGUUUCUAUUAUUGUUGUGAGACUUUAUUAUGAGAUCUGAUAAGGAAAUUGAACAAUUGAUAAUAUAGAAGUGGGUAGGUAUGUUCUGACGAGCUUUCGUAAACGAGAAUGAGCAAUAAGUACAUGACACUAAAGAUAUCGGGGAGCGCGUGGCGCGGUAGGUGAGCGAUGCGGGCGCGGUGGGCGUGGGUGGUGGCAUGGUGCGCGUGCGCCGCGGCCGCGCCCGCGGAGCCGCGGGCCCCCCAGCCCGCCGUGCCCGCUGCUGGACCCGCAGCCCCGCCCGCCUGCGACCCCCUGCUGCUGAAAAAUCCACCGCCCAUGCCUCACAAUUUACGCGAACAUGAAGCAGCAGCUGUACACACGGCGCGAGCGCUGGCCGAACUAGUAGAACAGGGUGCAGCAGACGAGACUCGUGCGGCUGCACUAGCUCGUGCAACUGCGCGCGCGCCCCUAUCGCCCCCACCCGCAGCAGUUGCACUGGGCGCACCGCAACUUCAUCUUGGCGUGCUCUUCAUUGCCGAACCUCCCCGUCUCAUCGUUUUCCAACAGAACAACUCGGUCACAUUACGUCAGUUCUGGAGGACGUUGGCUUCGGCCUGGAAUGCAAGUGCCGUGGUGUGGUCAAACGCGUGGUUCUCGUGUGACGACUAUGAUUGGGGAUGGUGGGGUGGUGCGGCGGCAGCUCGUGGUGUUGGGGCCGCGAGAGCUGCGGCUGCGAUAUUUCGACGUUGGACAGCAUUACCUUGCGAGGAUGCUAUGCACGAAUGGUUCGGCGGGCCUCCACUCUGUGAUUCUGGUACUACUGACUGCGAAGCUUAUCCAGCGCAAAGUUCUGUAGAGAGGAAAUUAGAGUAUCGGUGUAAGUGUCGCGUAGACCACUGGCACGCCGGUGGUAACGGGUGGUUAAGUGGCAGUAUACUGUCCACGGAUGACGGGGACAGUCUUACGUGCAUGCCAUGCGGGAUGGGCAGUGACGCCGUGGCGUGUAUAGCCGACGUGUACCGGGCGGUGCUAUUGGCUGCCAAUCUUACUGGGAUGCUCAUAUGCCUUGUUAUUGGACUCAUAAUUUUUAAGAAAAGAAAAUGUAAAGCAGUGGCAAUGGGAAUGUGGACGGUGCUUGAAGUAGUUUUACUCGGUGCAUUACUUAUGUACGCUUCUGCGGCAUCCCAGUAUAUAUCGGUAGCACAGUGGCGGUGCGUAGCAGGGGCUUGGUUACGAGAACUGGGAUUCGUAGCGUGUUACGGCUCUGUUGUUUUACGGCUAUGGGUCUUACUAGCAGAGUUCCGCACUAGAAAAGCACAUCGCUGGACACCCAGAGAUUCAGAAGUACUAAGAGUAGUUGGUGCGAUGAUAUCCGGCGCAGCGUGUUACUUGGCUGCGUUCACUGCAACUGCGGUGUGCGAUGAUGACGCCGGGGAGUCGUGCGCACGCGCAGCAUGGCACCACGUCACCGCCGCAGCUGAACUGUUGCUACUGACGGCGGGGGCCAGAAUCGCUUAUGCUGCCCGAAAUGCAAACGUUCCAUUUCAGGAGCGCGGAUGGCUGGCGGCGGCGCUGUGCACGGAAGGCGCAUGCGGGGCAGCCUGGCGGCUGGCCGCGCUGGCAGGCGCGGCGCCUGAGCGCUGGCCCCUAGCUGCAACCGCUCGCGCGCACCUCUCAUCUGGCGCCGCGCUCGCCUGCGUGCUGGCGCCACGGCUCUGGCAUGGAUACCGCGCCAGAUCACUAGCACAGGAGGUAUCCCGUCGAGGACCAGCGGAGGGAUUCGGCAUAGAAGGUGAAGAAGAGCCCACAUCUGAAGAGGUCAGGGCUGAACUGAAAAGGUUGUACGUUCAACUAGAGAUUCUCCGUAACAAGACACUGAGACGAGACAAUCCGCACAUUAGCAAACGAAGAGGUGGUCGAAAGCCGCCCCAUCGACGGUUUUCCUUACAGAAAAAGGGCAGUCGUGAAAAGGCUCUGCAAGCGCGGCGGGGUGCAAAAGGAAAAGGGGGAAGCGCGAGUGCGGUAGAAGCGAGUGAGGCAGGCGACGUGUCUCGUACUCCGGAGGACUCGGUAUGCUCCGCCGAAGGACCUUCGCACUACACCGACGGCGACACGCAAGCGUGAUCGACGACCGUGCCUCACGGACACUAUCACGACGUUCACCUCUAGACCAUACAGUAUAUUAUAUCAGAUUAAUAAAACAGUUAUUAUUAAAAUGAACUCCGAGGAAUUUAAAGGUUUCGUAGAUCGAUCGACGAGAUCCUAUUUGUCGCAAAUUUAUGUAAAUCACGUAUUUGAACAAACACUAAUAAUCAUAUUAAUGUAAACUUUGAGGAAUUGAAAGCUUGCGUAGACGAGACGAGUUUACGUAUUUGUCACUACAUUAUAUCAAUCACGUAUUUGAACAAACCAUGUCGUAGACUUGCUAAAGAGUCUACGACACGGUUUGUUCAAAUCAGUCUAGACGCAUUAAUUUGCAAACACUAAUAAUCAUAUUACAGUAAACUCUGAGGAAUUAAAAGGCUUGCUUAGACGAGAAUCUACAUAUUUGUCGCCACUUUAUGUCAAUUGCGUAUUUGAACGAAUUUGUACUGUAGACUUUGUAGCAAGAGUACACGCAUUAGCUUGCUAUUUUACUACAUACGUAAAAUAGCAAGCUAAUGAAGUUCUAUGAAACAAAUUCAUAUUUGCUGUAACGUUAGACAAAUGAAACGGAAGAAUUGCUCACUGGUUUUCUUUGGAAAUGGCUUGUAAGCUUUAAAACAAUUCUAAUAAAAUAUAUUGGUUCAAGUAGGUUGCUAACAAGACAUUCAUGUCAUAAAGACUAUUUAAGAAACGUGUGUGAUGUGAUGUGUUAUGAUGUGAGCAAAUUCAUAUGGAUAUAUGUAUUUUUAAUUUAUUAUCAUAAUAUAUAAAAAUCCUAUCGUCAUCUGAAUAGUAAAGGAGCUGCUCUAGCUAGCCAAUAAAAAAGGUAAUGUACAUAAAAUGCCUUUAGUUUCUUUUACUACAAUGAUAAAAUUUAAAUUUUGUAUGUAAUAUUGUUGUAUGUACAAAUUUAUAAAAAUAUACACGUUAAAAAUGCUGUCCUAAUGAGAACCUUAUUCCUUUUGAUGUGGGUUGAAAAUGUAACCUAUAUUAUAAUAGAUUCUUAUCGUAAAUUGGUUAAGUCUGACCAGUAUUCGAAGACAAAUUAAUGACCGUGAUAACAAUCUCGAAGUCUAAAAUAAAAAUUAAGAUACUAGAUAUAAGGAUUACAAAAUAUAAAGGCUAAUUUAAUUUGUCGCUAGUCUAUUAUUUAUUACGUAGAUAAUUGUUUAUAUAGGAGGAGAGUUAGUACAAUAAUUGAAUUAUUACGUAUUUUUAGGGAAUAGCGGUGAUAUUUUAUACCUGUAGGUAUUAGCGAGUGGGUUCAUUAAUGUUGAUAAAUGUAUCCAGGAAAUGGUGUUGUUGCUGUUUGAUAAGCUUUUUUACCCCGCAUAAGUAAUAUCUUUAUCGUUACAUAUAAUAAAAUCGUAAACUCGUGACGAGGCGAAUACUGUCUGUUUGUCUGUUUGUGUGAUAUUCUACGUUAAACCGAACGGAGGAAUCAUAAUGAUUUUUUUAUAUGUUGUUAAGGAAAUUUAAUAAAAUACCUACAUAAAUUAUUAAUAUCAUCUUAAUAAUUUUAAAUACGCCGUCUUCUAUUGUUAAUAAAAUAAUAUAUGAAGUCACGACAAACAUACACGCAGACUAAGGCGAGGGUACCACUAGUGUUGUAUAAAAAUGUUUGAAAGUUAAAAUUUAUAUAAAAGAAAAAUUUAUAUAAUUUUACGAUAUUCAUUUUUUUUAAUAAAUGUAAACCAUUCUAUGUUGUCUGUAUAUUGAUUAGUUAUUUUAUAUCUUAUAAUAUGUGCUCAUAUAUAUUUAUUGUUUGCAAUGGACGUACAAAAUCAUAAAGACUAGCUAGGUAGAUAUAUUAUUAAAUAAUCAUCCCCAAAGCCUUUGCUGAAGUUGAAAUUUGUUCGUUCGUUUACAGACACAAUACAGAUGGACAACUAAUAAACAAUCUCAUUAAUUAGGUAUUAAGUCUGCCAUGUAUUAUACAAUUUUGUGGCAAAAGAAUAAAAUGCAUAAAUUAUUACGGGCCCAUUGAGCAUGCAACAGUUAUAUUGUUAGUUUGUGUUCAAUUACAUUUUACCCUGCCUCCCUCAGCAGGUCGAAAUUUAGAAUUAAUUUCCAAAUUUUAAAAAAUAUGAUUUUGAUAUUUCAGUAUACGUAUUAUUCGAAUGUCAACAUCUGGUAUAUAUAUACUCUUAUUUAUAUAAAUGUAUAUUAUCAAAUGUACUUAAUGGGCCAUCUAAAAAUUAAGUUACAUGUAUUUUAUGAUUUUUUUUACCUCUUGUCACAGUUGGUUACAGCCACAUUUGUGAGACAAAAUGUGUUACCUUACUAUUACAUUAUGUUAUCUAUGCUAUUACUAUUGCCUACAAAAGAAUGUAAAUCAUAAGUUAUUAAUUUGUGCUUUAAGAAAAUUUAGGACCAUUAACACUCCUUGUCGCACAAUGUGACGCUUUGACGACCCUACAAACCCCUAACAUAUGACGUAACUUAUCGAUGGCCCCUAACAUUAUUAUGGGCUGUACGCCAGCAACAGCUCAAUGUGCUCAAAUUCCUCCCUGUUGAAGACUUCUAUAAUGGUUAAGGUAAUUGCGUUAUGAAGCCUAGUGAACGCCAGCUGCGGCUCGGAGGGUGUAUUGAGGAACGGACACUUUCAUAUUAUUUUUUAUUGAUAAUAACAGACGUUUUGUAAAUAAUUUUAAUGUUCAUUUCAAUUCUUAUUUAUAUAAUUUAUAGUAAUAGUUUCUCUACUGGUCACCAGACGUCGUAAACUGUCGUAAACGUAUUACUUUUAAGUUCAUUUCCGUUCUUGUCAAUUUUUUGUCCAGUGCUCACUA